ACAAAACAUGAGGGUUUAGGACGAAGGGACUCAUUCUUGUGCAAGGUGUCUUGCGAUCAAGUUCAGCAGCCCUCGCCCAUCAGCUCUUAGCUCUCAGCUCACUAUUUUUUUCUGUUUUUUCGACCGACGUGCCUGUGUGUUUCUUGUCACAAAAUAUUAAAUAAAAAUAAAAAAUAUUAAGAAAAUAAAUAACAGUAAUAACAAUAACAUGUCAUCGAGUGUGAUCGAUCUGUUCCCCACCACCAUCAACUCGGCCAGCAAGGCCUUCCGCUAUCAACACAUCAUGCCGGCUCCCUCGCCGACCUCCAAUCAGAAUCAGAACCAGAACCCGAGCCAGAGUCCGGCUCAGAUCAAGACCCGGAAGUACACGCCCCGUGGCAUGGCUCUCGCCUCGGCAGGAUCCUCCCCGGCGCCGUAUAACGUGGACCAGUCGCAGUCCGUUCAGCGGAGGAAUGCCCGGGAGAGGAACCGGGUCAAGCAGGUGAACAACAGCUUCGCCAGACUGAGGCAGCACAUCCCCCAGUCCAUCAUCGCCGAUCUGACCAAGGGUGGCGGUCGGGGUCCGCACAAGAAGAUCUCCAAAGUGGACACGCUCCGAAUCGCCGUGGAGUACAUACGCCGGCUGCAGGACCUCGUGGACGACCUGAACGGUGGGCCGAGUGUCAGCCAGACGGUGUCCCAGUUGCAGCUCUGCCUGGACGAGUCGAGCAGCCACAGCUCCGGCAGCAGCUCGUGCAGCUCCUCCGGCCACAAUCUCUACUAUCCAGCGAUGAAUCCCGCCGCCGCCGCCUCUGCCGCCGCCAAUCCCCUCCAGCAGCAGCAGCAGUUGCAGCGCCAGCAGUUCCCCCACCAGCCACUCACCGCCAUCUCCCUCAACAGCAAUGUGGCGGCCAGCAACUUAGUGACGACUACUCCAGUGGGCGCCACCACAUCCUGCCACUCGCCCACCUCCUCCUUCAACUCCAGCAUGUCCUUCGACUCGGGCACCUACGAGGCAGCUCCCCAACAACUAGGAUCUCACCUGGACCUGGAUCUGGACACGGAAGGGCACUCCCACUCGCACUCUCACUCCCACUCCCAGCUGCAAAUGAAAUUCGAGCCGUACGAACACUUCCAACUGGACGAGGAGGACUGCACCCCGGACGACGAGGAGAUCCUAGACUACAUCUCCCUGUGGCAGGAGCAGUGACCAUCUCGCCCGUCCUGCCCCCUGUCCUGUUCUCUUCUAGUCAGUGUGGAGUCGAACCAAGUGCCUCAAAUUGUAAAUAAUCGCUCCUCAGCCUCGAAACAUCAUCCUAGAAAAUAUCCUUUUUUUUUGUCAACUUAGUCUAAGGACCUUUUUUUUCGUAGAUCUUAAGACCACGAGACCAGUAUGAAAAAUAAAAUUAUUUAUAAAAUAA